AUGGGGAAGAGAAAGAAUGUGGACAUGUGUGGGGUCAAUCUGAUGUGUUAAGGCAGAUUGCUGGGAUCCAGAGAAGAGGUGGGGAUGAUGAUGGUGCAUGCUCAAGUGGAAGUGAUGCAGAAGACAUGUUUGAGAAUUUGUUAGGCGUCAUCGAUACACUGCAUAUACGGGUAGAGAACUUGCGGAACCAACUUGGUAGAAACCACUCUUCUCGAAAAGCUGCAGCAGCAAGGCUGCUUGCUCUGCAGCUUCAGCAGCCAAAUCUACCACGACCUCCUUCUACGGGCCUGCUCGUUCCUGUACAGCGAUCGGCGACUGCCACGGGCUGUUUAUCUGUAUCCCCUUCGAAACUGUUGGCUGCAGAGAUUGGAACACACAUUGUGAAGUCAGAGCCAUUGUUGCCAACGGUGCAGCCAGUCGGGGCUGGCAGGGGAGGAAGGCUAUCAGUGGCAAUCCCUGUAAGCGGACUGGAAGCGCCUCCACUGCUGCGAUCUUCUUGUCUGCCACUGCCCAUCGCCACAGGUUUUCUGGAGAGCAGAACAGAAAGCCUGUCUGACAGGCCAGGGGAGGAUCUAAUGACAGCAACAACUAGCCUGCCCAGCUCUGCAGCCACAGUUUAUGAGGCAUUUGCAAGUGGUGGGAAGGUGGGCGGAGGGAGGAAUACGAUAGGAGUCUCAAGGGCUGGAUUAGUGACAGCAGCUGGCCGCGUUGAUCAGAAUUGUACAGACCAUAGCAACAAUAACCUCUCUGCCCAGCUGUACGGGCCGCAUAAUGGUGUUUUUGGUGUGCCUCUGGCGAUGGGAAAUGAUGCAUUGGUCGCAUCUGCUACCAAGGGCUUGCCAGUGGCGUUCCAUCAUGUACUCGAAUUGGACCAGGUGAUGGGAGGCACCACAGCACGAAGUCUAGAAGGCAAAGAUGAUGUCCAUAGCAGUCACAGCAAUGGGCUUGAGGGCUUGGCUGCAAAUAUUGCAAACGAUAGCAGCGAGAAGGAUGCCACAGAGGAUAUUGGAAUGUACCUGGUCUCAACUGGGGGUGACUGUUCGCCUCUUGAACGGUGCUUAUUUCUCAGUGGGAGUGAGGGCAAUGAACAGGCAACAGUGGGAGUGGGACGAUCGCAGGUGACGCAGCUAUGUUCUACCGAUCUCAAAUCGGAGAGCAUGAAAGGCGAGGGGGACAGGAAUGCGGCCUCUGGUGCAUGCUUGAUGAAAACGAUCAACGACACUUGGCCUGCAAGACCCGAGAGGGAAGAAGGGCAGGUAAGCCCAAUGCUUGCCGGCACAUGGCAUGCCAUAGAGAAGGGGUUACUUUUGGGUUUUUCUGCUGGAAGUGGAAACUGUUUGUCAUUGCCGGUGCCAGCACCGAUUCCAGUGGAUGUGGCGGCGCUGACCUCUCCUUCGGGAAUGGCUUCUCAGUCCGAAUCACGCUCAUUGUCACAACGGCUGUCUAUGACGCAAGGUGAACCCUGUGCUGCCGAGGGGCAGCUGCAGGCAGUGUCGGCGUUCGACGAGCAACCAGCCAAGCUGGCAUUUCCCCAGGGUAGGAGAAGGAAAAGAGAAAGUGGAGGGAACUCGGUGGGUGUCCCGGUUCCAGUUUCAACUGGGGCCAUGGAUGUCCCAUGGAAAGGGGCAUCUCCUAGAAGUGCAGGUAGUGGAAGCAGAAGAAACAAGGGCCAGGGAGACGAGAAGGAGAGGGACGGAAGCGAGAGGGAACAGGAGAAGGAAGGCAGCCUUGGGAGCGUUUCCCAUUUGAGCAACAAUGGUCCUGAGGAUACCAUCGUAGGGGCCUCCGGGACGGGAGCUGCUGUGGUGUCGCCGGCACGGCGAGAGACGCGUGCUCUUGCAAGGCAAGCGGUAGGACAUGCGACUCCAAAGACUGAGCCCUAUGCGUCCCCAGUGGUUCCUGGGGUAUCUUCUAAGCCCGCAAUUGCCAAGGGGGGGGUAAAAGCUGGAAGGGUAGUGAUGGGGAGGGGUCGAGGAAAGGGGUUGGCAAACGCAAAGGGGUCCUUGGGUGGGUGCAGCGGUUGAACGGAAACCAGAUUUCCCCCCCGCCCCAGGGAGUAUUCUUUCUGCCCUGCGCACAGAAGACAAGUAGUACCACGUUUUGGGGAGCGGUCAGCAAAUGCAAAGGGAUCGUCGGGCGGGUCUCGCCAAAGACGACAAGUAGUACCAUGUUUUUGCUGCGUAGCCGUGGAGCUCAACCCCCACAAAAGCUGGCAUCCAGAUGCUGCUGUGAAUUUGGUUGCUUCCAUGGGGUCAUUCUGGAAUCGGCCGAGCAGGUUGGCUACAGUAGAGCUGGGCAAGUGGUGGUGAGCAGCAGACGAUAGACAUUGCUGCACUAAUUGCCAGCCAGAAAGUAUUGCACAGGCCCAGCAACUGCCUGAUGAGGAUGACCACCAGCAGGUAUUAAUCCCACUAUUCCUGCGAUGGGUAAGGCCACCACAUAUUCAUUCUUUCUUUCUUUUCCUUCUUCUUUUCUUGUUUUUUUUUCCUGCCGCUGCUGCUACGCGUGAGGCAAGUGAGGGGGUCACUUCCGGCCAACGUGGACUUGACAGGUCCAGCCAUCGCCUGCUUUUGAUGCUUCCUCUUUCUUCAACGGAGGGUGGUGAGGAAUAUCAAGGGGCUGAACCACCUGAACUGGCGGGUCCAGCCAUCGACUGCUUUUGAUGCUUCCUCUUUCUGACAGGUAACCGUUUUCGGUGACUGGUGUGGCACGACCGCCGCUCCGUUGGAGUCGUGCGUCGCUUCUUAUUGCAUACCCGCUGGUCCGUUGUGCGAUUUUGCCGGAUGAUGUGGACUAAGGGGGAGGGUUGCGAGGAAGUCUUCGAUGAGACAGAGUCAGGGGACUCGGCCAACCCCGCUGUCGACUCAGUUGUGAUGCUUAUUGGUAUGAGCCUCAGCUGAGCUGA